UUCACGACCAAAUCUUGCCGGAAAAUUUCAAAUCAUUGCCGGAAACACCCGAAACUCCAUCGUUUUUUCGAUUUUACCCCCAUUACUGGUGCGCAAAAACAAAACAAAAAAAGUCAUACCCAUUCUCCCCUCAUCAAAACCGGCCUAUGCUGAAAUUUUGGGGAGAUUUUGGGCAACUUUUGUCCAGUCAAUUCGCCGGCGGCAAGUCUCCGAUGAGCUUCCGACGAAGCUCCGGUGACCACUCUCCGGUCUGGUUUUCGGUCGUUUUUUGCAUUCUUGCCCACACUUCACUUCCUCCUACGUCCUACUUGCGUCUCUAGGUUGGUUUUUCAGCUUUACCUUAUUAAUUUGUGGAGAAUCGGAUUAGGUAGUGAAGUGAGGAAAAAUUGUGUGCUUUGAAUGUUGAACCUAGAUUUAGGUCGAGGAAUUAGGUGAAUUAGGUCUAUUUAAUGAUGGAAUGUUUUUUGCAUGAGCUUAGUUGAGCCUUGGUGGGCGUGUUUGAUCCGAAUUGCCUUUAUUUUUAGAAUUUGCCCACCAAGUGCUAUGUUAUGAAUGCAAGUGGAGUUUAUGCUUGUUUGGUGGAUGGUAGCCACCGUGGUUUGGGUUGUGGUUCAAAUUUUUGUGUGCUUGAACUGUGAAUUUUCCACAACCAUGCCAUGAUGAGCUUGAGCUUAAAUGUUUGAUAUUCAUGGUGGAAAAAUAAGUGUGGAGGGAUCACUUUUCCUCCCAAUGAGCAUUAUUUUAUGAAUGUUUCCACGUAUGGUGUAUGUUUCUCAGUUUGUGCAGGAUGGUUAACAUGGACCACCCAUUCCUUGUGGCGCUAAGGGGCUGCCCUUAAAUGGAAAGAGGCGUGUUUUUGGGCAUCCUCGAGAGUCGGUAACCAUUGGAAACUCGACUUCGCCCAGUUCGAGAGGCUUCAUUGUGGUUAUGAGGGAGGCAGUGGUGCACCCACAAUGGUGCCAAUUCCUUGAUCUUGAAGAUGACAUUUACGGGGAACUAUGCGUCGAGUUCUUCAUCACUUUAACCAUACGCAAGAGCCUUUGCCUACUCGGUCAUCCAGUACGCUGGGUCGAGUUUCGAUUGGGAGGGGAACUUUGCAAUUUGAGCUAUGAUGAGUUAGCCAGAGCCCUUGGAGUGGAAGCCAAACAUGAGGACGAUUGGGAGGAAGAUGCCACCCAAAGCUUCGACAUGAAUGCCGCAUUUGUGAAGUUUUGUCUUCCAAAGUACCGAAGGACAAAGUUUAAGUCGGCCCUCACAACGUCAUCCACACUCCAGCCCCAGUGGCGUGUCAUCGUUGCACUCCUGGCUCGUUCCCUCUACCCGGCUUACCACAACCCGAACAAGAUAACUGAGAGAAUCUUAUUAGCUUGUUCUUGCAUGGUGGACCUGUCUAGCACCCUACACCUAGGUUAAGUCAUAGCCACUUCUUUUGCUUUCUUCUUGCGUUCUUAGAUCCCUCUUACCAUGGUGAGUAACAUCAUAGUUUUCACUAGUGAGUAUGAUGGAGGCAUAAGAUUAGUCCACGCCCAAACGUUGAUUGUCUCGAAAUGUGUCAUCCCUUAGUCAACCCCUUUGAGCCUUGUGACUUCGAGGGUCGUUCUUAAGUUAGGAGCUUCUUGCUUGUCAAAGCAGUCAAAAUUGAGAUUUUAGCUAAAAUCGAAAACUGGGGUAAAAUCGAAAUCGUAAAAUCGAAUCCUAGAAUCGUAGGAUUUUAAGUACCAUAUAGAAAUUAACAUAUAAUAAUAUUAAUAAGGCAAAUCAUUAAUAAAACAAAGAAAUAAAACAUUUAAAAUGAUAAUUUUCAAGAUUAAUAUUUCAAAAUUAACAUUUUAAUUGUUAUUUAAUGCGUAACUCAAAAUAAUUUAUGAGAAAGGAAUAGAGCUCAUGGGGUUUGCCUCUUGUUGUUUAGGUAGUUUAACUCAAAGUAGUAUUCUGACAUCAUCUACUAAGUAUGAUUUAAAACUAAGAAUAAGUGAACUUCAAUAAAAUAAUUAAUGUCAUUGGUUUGGUACAAAUAUAUUCAUUAAUCAAUUAAUUUUUUAAUAAUGAUGUUAAUUCUUAUGUAUUUAUAAUAUUAUGACAACGAUUUUCCGAUGAGUUAAACAAGGGGAAGGGAAAAGGGUCGACUGAAUCCUAAUUUGGUUUUUUUUCUUUUCAAAUGUUCAUUUAAUAGGAAAAUAUCUUAGAAGAUCCUCGUCAUUGGCCUUUUCGCCGAAACAGGUCUGCUUCUUUUGAAUUGGCUCAAACCGCCUAUUUUGUUCACAUAGGAUCAAAAUUCCGAUUUGGUACGAUUUUACGAUUUUAAAGCCGAUUUUGAACGAUUUUAAGGUCUAUCAAUUUUAUAGUAAAAUAAGGAUCGGAAUCCCUAAGUAAAAUCCUAAAAUCCUACGAUUUUACGAUCAAAAUCUCGACUUUGACUGCAUUGGUCCUUGUGUCCCGGAGCUCUCACUUUUGAGUUCCUUAGCGGUUCUACAUAGGAGGUUUGUGUGCGGUUCUUGCUAGGAACGAAAAAUGAAGUGUAGUGUUGGAGUGAGUUCUUCAAAAAGAGAGCAUUGGUCGUUAAAUGUAUAGGUGGCAAGUGUUUUUACUCUAUAGUACCCCCUCAAAAAGAGAAGAAAAAGAAAGAAAAGAAAAGAAAAGAAAAGAGAAACGAAAAAGAGGUAAUCAAAUGGGGUAAAUAAAGUAGAGAGUGCCAUGAAAAACCAAAGUACAUGCUCUAGGAGGGGUUUCUUGGCACCCAAGCCAUUGAAACCCCCCACAUUGUUUUAGAUCUCCUUCACUACCAAACCUUAAUGUGCUAGCAAGAGUAGACCGAGGAAGAGUGCUUCAAUGUAGUUCAUGAUGGGUGAUAGUUUGGAAGGGAGUUAUAAGGUUUUUGGCCGAUUCUAGUGGUAUUUGGUUGAAGAGAAGGGUUUUAAUCGAAACCAUAGAACGUUCGGGUUUAGGUUGAAGAUGUAGAACCUCGUGUCAUGAUUGCCACCACCCAAAAAUCCUUUUUCCCAUGUCCAAGACAAUCGUCAGACAUCUAAAACCGCGUCUAAGACCUCCGGACAAGCUAGUGGUGACAACCAUCGCGUGAACUCUAUCAUUUAGAGGUUACCGUCGUGGUAUUGAGAAUAGAGCCGAGUGUUUAUGAUUUUGCACAUCUUUUCACCAAAAGGUCUCGACCCCACUGGUCAUGAGAGUGAGUGAUUCAUUCUUGUUUUGCAUGCCAUAUCAUACCCCGGUGAGGACCUUUGUUUCCUUUCCAUUUGUUCCUCGGACUUGAAUUCCAUGAAUGGUUGGUUGUAGUUGAUAAGUGGUCUUGUUGAGACUUGCAUUGAUCCAUGAACAAGGUGAGAACUUUUCGUUUCCCAUUUUUGGUGGCUUCGAAUGUCGUUUGUGGUAAAUGUCGGUAUUGCUUGCAACAAUCCAUGUAUUGACUGCAAAUGGCCAUUGAGAAUUCCCACUUUGUACCCUUUGAGAUGUCCUCAAAGUAUUUGUGAAGGUUGAAAUAUUACCUUGUGUGAAAUGGUUUGCUUGGAGACAAGCAAACGUCUAAGUGUGGGGGGGUGAUUCGUGCCUAAUUGUACAUGUUUUGCACCCAUUUUCCUUAGUCGUUUGUAGCAAUUUCGCUCCUAAAAGGGUGGUUUUACGCUUGGUUUCUCGUGUUUUAGUGUGUUUCAGGAUUUAAUAGGUGAAACCAGCCCCGGAGUCGAAAGUUGGACGAAAAGGAGCGAAAACCAGGAGAAGAGAUGAAAAACGGCGAGUUCACGGUUUUCCUUGGAUGCUCACGGUCUUGUAUGACCGUGAAAAAGAGUCGUUGUCCGUGAAUAUUGAGGCGCCCAGGGCCAAAAUGCAAGUUACUAAUGCAAGACAAACCAAAUAAGAAGGAGGCUAGGGUUUUGCUUCGAGGUGGGAUUUGGGGAGAUUCUCCCCAAGAGAAGUUCAGCACAAUGGUCUAGAAGAUUGGAAGCCUCCCCCAAGAUGGUUUCUACUUCUUCUCCUUGUGUUUCUCCCAUUUCUAGCAUGGAGUAUAUUUCUUUUCACUUGGGUGUUGUGAAACCCUAACUAGCUACCAUGUAGUUUCUUUUAUGUGAACUGGAUGAUUGUCAUUGGGUAUUGUUUAAUUCAAUGAUUGAGGUAUUAUUAAUGUGAUUGUGCAUGCUUGUGCUUAGCAAUCUAAGGAUUGUGCAUGUUUUGUGCUUAGCAUCCUUAGGUAGGGCUUAUAAACGGUCGGUAACCGGUUAAACCGGUUACCAAUCGACCGGUUUCCGGUAUACCGGAAGCAUGGCAGCCCCACCGUUUGCCGAUAUCGAUAUUCCCUCGGUAAACCAGUUACCGAAUUGCUGCGGUGGCGGUAAUUAUCCGGGUACCCGAUUACCGGAUGCGCUGAUUACGAAUGAUGAGGAGGACUAGCCUAUUUUUUGCUGCUUUGCUUUCCCAUUUUUGUGAGUUGGGAACUUGGGAAUUUUCAUAUGUCUACUCCACUUGGGAAUUGGCUAAUGCCUUGGUGGACGAUGGUGAUUGGUAAAACACUGAAAUUUGAAAGUUGAAACCUUUCUUUCAUUUUCUUUUCUGCUCCAUUAUUCAAUUAUCAAUUAUGGAAACAUGCCAUCUCAUCAUGCACUACACGUCUACACUACAGGUGGAGCUCAUAAAAGAAAGACAGAAAGGUAUGGGACGAAGACAAAAAUCAAUCACCAGUCUUCAAAUAUCAUUUACACCACAUGUAUUCUUUCUCUACCCCUCUUCUCUGGCUCGUCCCCUUCAAAAAUAAAAAACAGGAAGCUGCUGCGGCAAGGGAAGCUGCACCGACGGUGGAAUUAAUUAAUCAAUUAAACAAACAAUAUCACUAAAGCUGCUGUCGCGGGGAAGCUGCACCGACAACAUCAUCAUACAAGCAGUCAACAAGACAACCAACCUGAAAUUGACGAUGUUAUAGGAGACUGGUUCAGGGACACGUGCUGGGGUCGAUGGAGAAGACGCGGUGGGGUCGACGGAGAGUUGCGGUGUUGGCUGCUAGCCUGCUAUGUCGUGGUUUGUCGGUCUGAUUACACAGGCGUCAAAGAGGCAAAGAUUACCGAUUGGGGUUCCAAUUGGGCGGCGGGAGACUCGUGAGGGCUGGGUUAGGCAGACAGAGAGCGAGAGGGGAGGAGAAUUGCUAAAUUAGUAACCUGUAAUUCCUUUUCCUAAUAGAUAACCAAUUUUAUU